AGGCUGGUUUCCAUAAUCUGACGGUGCCCGUGUGGCGGCCUGUCGGCUGCAAUGCUGAAGAAGUUCAAAGACAAUUCUUGGGUGGAGGAUAUGAAAUAACAAACUUCGACGCUCUGGCUGCCGGUACCGAGCGAUACAAACUCCUGACGUCUGGCACGGGCGUUAUCCGUCUGGGAAUCUCGAUAAUCUUGAGGAAUUUGAGCAAGUUCGGAGUGCGCACAAGCUGAACGAUGAGAGCCUUCAUCGUGGCCGUCGUCAUUGUCUGUCUCGCCGGGGGCGGUUCAGCUCAGAUCACGACGACGCAGACUCCAACCACCACCGCGGCUCCACCGACGUCCAAAAAAGCUCAAUCAACGCGUACAUGCGUCAAAAGCGUGUGGUGCUAUUGCGAUCUGAGCAACCUGUGCGAGUUGGGUUGCUGCUGCGAUCCAGACUGCGAACGAACUGUGACGGACGCCUUCGAAAACGAAUGUCCGUGUGAAGUGCCCAACGAAUACGACGUUCCGUAUUGCAGCAAUAGCGAUAUUCUAAUUUCGAACCAGACGCAUCUCAUCAAGAGAUCCAUCGGUGGAUUGAUCUGUCUAGUAGACGAUCACGUGUACAAAAAAGACUCCUACACCGAGGGGAAACCCCUAACAGCGGACAAGUUUGCGGAAAAACUGAAAUACCUCGAAGCCGUCGGGGAGUUCCACAAUCUGCAUGCAGAUUAUGAUCACAGCGCUGAUUCCGCUCACGAGAGGGGUUUGAGAGAAGGUGACCCAUUGAAAAUCAAACUCGCCACCGGAGCGACGCGAAAUUUCGGUAUCCCAAUCGCAAUGGGAGGCGAUAAAUGCGAUGCGAUAGCCACGAUCCAGUUCCUGAAGCCACGGAGCUCGAGAUGCAUGACUCAGUUCUCAUGCGAGAAUCCUUUCUCACGAAUGGAACACUUCACAGGAGUGGGUUUCGUGACGCGGAAUUCGAAAUUCGUCGAACCUCUCGCCGAAAUCUGUUUCCCGAACAAAGACUGCGCUGUUCAUAGCACCCCCGACCUCACUGAAUGCUCGUACAUUCACAAAGUCGAAUAUCGAAUCGUGCACAACGGAACACUCGGUGUUCAGGAUGUUUAUAUAUUUGUGCACCGCAAAGAAAGUCCCCCUCCCGGAGGAACCUGGGUGCCCAUUCAGAUCGAUGUUAUUUUCGAGACGAAGCAGGACGCAACCGUGCGACUGAAUGGAGGUCCGAUAGAGCGUAGUGGGAACCCUGGCUACAUCUUCGGUAAACCGGUCCUUGCCAAAAACGGGGAUUCCUCCACGAGACCAGUGUCCGCUCCCUUUAAAGACUGCACCGACAGCGAGGGACGAAUCGUUCUGUUCGGAGAGAACGUCGAAACGGCUUGCCUGUACCCGUCGUGUGGGGAACUCGCAGAACUCCUACCGGCAAUGCUUACGGGGGAUUCUUCCGGAUUCAUCGGGGCAUACGGGAGCUCCGACGCUCGAAUGGUAGAAGAUUGGGUCCCGGUUGAAGAAAACGCCAUCAAUUUCAAUGAAUCAUGUGCGUACAGAGUUGAAGUUAUUUUCGCCUACAUGAGGACGCAGUUCACCAUAAAUCCUCAGAACCGUAUCGUGUAUGCGCGUGUGAGGUACACGCCUCUUCGGCACCCGCUGCCGUUGGUCGAAAUGACGGUGGACUUCGUUGAUGUAAGUUCGACCCCAGAAGUCAAGUACGCUGGACCUCCGAUAAUAGACAUCAAGCUCCCUGAGGAUUUCUUCUACCCGUUGCACUUGGGGACCAGCAGCUCUACUCUUCUACACCCGAGACAAGCUGGUGGGCUCAUCGGCUUGUUGCUCUUGGUAUCGAGCUGGGCGCGACAAUCGAUUUCAUUCGUUUGA